CGCAUCCCUUCCCUCCCAUUACGCAGCAGGACUCUGGCAGACGGACAUCCCCUGCUCACCACACACCAUGCCGCCUCGGUUACCACAACAGGCAGCGCGCGCCCUGCGCAGGCUGGCGUCGUCGUCGUCGACCUCUUCCCACCCCAUGGCACGAUACCUCACCACCUCGACUGCGCGCCUGGCUGCCCCGGCUGCCUCGAGCCACCCGUCCCUCCGUCUGCCCGCCGACUUCGUCCCGCCGACGAAGCCGCCCUCGGCGCGCCCUCCCGAAACGCGCAAGUCGCAGCUCAUCCGAACCUACACCUCGCUCCUCCGCACAACGCCCCUGAUCCUCUUCUUCCAGCACAGCAACAUCACGGCCGAUGAGUGGUCUGCCCUACGCCGAGAGCUUAACGCGGCCCUAGCCGCUGCCACCCCCGAGGGCGCGCCCGUCGACGGGCAAGACGUCCACCUCCAGGUCCUGCGCACCCGCAUGUUCAGCGUCGCCCUGAAGCUGGUCGAGUUCUAUGACCCCGAGGCCGCCAAGGCCAAGCCCGGCGUGCAGACGAGCACCAAGGGCCCCGUCGUGCACGACCUAAGUGCGGCCGCGUACGAGGCCAUGAAGGACUUCGAGCCCCCCGCCGACUCGGCCUACGCGCAGAUCUCGCCGCUACUGUGCGGUCCGACUGCCGCGCUCGUUUUCCCCGCCGUCUCGCCUGCCCACCUCGCGGCGGCUCUACGGAUCCUCGCCCCCAGCCAGCCCCAGUUCCCCGCGCCGACGCGCAAGAAGAGCCCCGGCUACUAUGAGCCGCCGUGCCAGAGCGCGCUGCAGAAGCUGCUGCUCAUCGGCGGGCGGGUCGAGGGCAACGUGUUCGACGUCGACGGCGUCAAGUGGGUUGGCGGAAUCGAGGGCGGCCUCGACGGUCUGCGGGCGCAGCUCGUGUACCUGCUCCAGAGCGCCGGCCUGGGUCUCACCACGGCUCUCGAGGGCGGAAGCAAGAGCCUGUGGCUGACGCUGGAGGGACGGAGGACGCAGUUGGAGGACGAGGGUAAGGAGGGCGAGAUGAAGGCCGAGGGAGAGGCCAAGAGCGAGUAAAUCGUCGGGAGGGGGGUUGUAUGAUAGUGCCUGUAAAAAGUCUGUAUUAUCACGGGAUACGGAUCUCUACUAUAGAGCUAAACCAUUUGUUUGUCCAUGAUAAUGGAGUGGACCUCUCUCCGGUGUUGGAAGCGAUGCCUUAGUAGUCACACGUUGGAUGUGUUUUGUGUUCCCGGCCUCUACACAGCAUGUCCAUACCUGUUGCCUUGCUACCUUGAGAACAUGGAUGCAAGCCUUAUUUGAUAGCGAUUGGGGACGAUCAGGGGUUGUGUCCACAGCUAUUGACCUCAUCGACCUGAAUCUAUGGCGCGUAGGCAAUCAUUUGCAAUCUUACAAGUGACUGGGUGCACGUAGGUGAAACUGAUAUUUAUACGGCAACAAGACCGAAAGACAUUAGCCUUUGGUGUUCCAUACUAAGAAGCCCC